UCAAUGCUGAACUGAAGAAAUCUGCAUGGGUCUGCAUGGCAGUUGCCGUCACAGGUGCAUUUGAGCAUGCAGAAGCCACCUCCUCCCCAUUUUGUUUGGAAACCCAAGGGGAAAAUGGAUCAGCGUUAGAGGUCCUCUGCCGUGCUGCUGACUCUCCAUCUCAUCCUCCUCUCUGUCCGAUCAUGGCUCUGCCUGCUGUUGUGGUUCUGUUGGCUCUCGCUUCCCUCGGUGCUGCAUCUGCACCUGACUGCAAGGACCUGCUCAGACCUUUUGUACCAGACGACCCACAACAGAUUUUUGGAAAAUGGGUGUAUGUGAUGGGAGCCGGUGACCCGAAGCCCUACCACAAGGCAUUGGAGUCUCUGAAGAGCUCCUGGAUAGACCUGUCCCCAACUUCAGACGGUGAAGUUGUGACUCUACGAUGGGGAGAUAACUGCUUUAAUCGGUGCAUCUUUGGGGAAGUGAAUGCAACAGUCUCAGGGAAUGCCACCACAUUUCGUAAAAAUCUUUCAGGCCACAAAGGACACGUUCUACAGACUUGCUCCGACUGCCUGCUGUGGACAGACACCUUUCAGAACGAGGACGCCACUGGUAGAUACAUCCUGCAGUUCACGAGAACCGGAAAAACUAAUCCCGAAGAUGUUGAUCUUUUCCGGAAACAAGUCGGGUGUCUGAGCUUCCCAGAGAACUUCCACAGCUACGAUGGUGAAACAGAGCUCUGCCCCGAUGAGAGAGAGAGAACACCGUGAACAGCAAUACAAAACAUGGAGAAACAGCAACAGAAGUAUUGUAGAAAAUAUGUUAUAAUGUAGAAUUUUUGCCUUGAUUGAAUUAUGUAUGUUGAGUUAGUUUGCAUACAUACAUUUAUAAUUACAUUCUCUUCAAUAACUUGUAAUGUUUUUCAGAUUAAAGCUCUUUUAUUAUUAA